UCCAAACAACUAUGUGCUGUUAAUCCAGAAUAAAAAAAAGUUCCCCAUUUACCCACUUUCAUUUCAUUGCCGAGUCAGUCCAACUUUCUCUCCAGUCUCUCAUUCGUCCCCAAAAUUCUCUCAAUCCAACUGCAAAUUUCUCACAAAACCCAUGUCAAUCAUGGAACAUCGUACCCAUAAACACCACCGAACCCACAUCAAUUCCGACGUCAUCUUCGAGCUCACAAUCCCCUACAUCACCAACUCCCACGACCGUCAAUCCAUCUCCUUAGUCUGCAAACGAUGGUACGAGCUUGACUCACUCACCCGCAAACACAUAACAAUCGCCUUAUGCUACUCCACCACGCCGGAGCAGCUCCGGCGCCGGUUCCCGUAUCUGGAAUCUUUGAAGCUGAAAGGGAAGCCACGCGCCGCCAUGUACAACCUGAUCCCGGAGGAUUGGGGCGGGUUUGUGAAGCCGUGGGUGCAGGAGAUUGCGAGAUCGUUUAGGUGCUUGAAGGUUGUUCAUUUUCGAAGGAUGAUUGUUACCGAUGAAGAUCUGAUGGUGCUUGGUUCUGGCCGUGGUGGGGGUCUUCAGGUUUUGAAGCUUGAUAAGUGCUCUGGGUUUUCUACUGAUGGAUUGUUGCAUAUUUCUCGUUCUUGCAGGAAUUUAAAAACCUUGUUUUUCGAAGAAUGUCAAGUAACCGAAAAGGACGGGGAGUGGCUACACGAGCUUGCGUUGAACAACACUGUGCUCGAGACGUUGAACUUUUACAUGACCGAUAUAACCAAAGCGAGUUUUGAAGAUCUUGCACUUAUAGCCAGACGAUGCAAAUCCUUAACUUCCGUCAAAAUUAGCGAAUGUGACAACUUGGAUAUAGUUGGUUUCUUUCGCGAUGCUAAGUCGCUUCAAGAAUUUGGCGGGAGUUGGUUUCAAGAUACACCGGAACAUUAUGGUAAUGUGGUAUAUCCUCCAAGAUUGUGUGGAUUGAGUCUAAACUACAUGGGUACUUAUGAGGUACCGAUUGUGUUUCCUGCUGCAUCGCGCCUUAAGAAACUGGAUCUUUUAUAUGCCUUGCUUACCACGGAAGAUCAUUGUCUGUUGCUCCAACGGUGUCCUAAUCUUGAGGUUCUUGAGGCAAGAAAUGUGAUUGGAGACCGAGGCAUGGAAGUUCUCGCCAAUUCUUGCAAGAAAUUAAAACGGUUAAGGAUCGAACGAGGGGCAGACGAAUUAGAAAUGGAAUUCGAAGAAGGCGUUGUAUCUCAACGAGGAUUAACAGCCAUAGCACAAGGCUGUUUAGAGCUAGAGUACAUCGCGGUAUACGUUACCGACAUCACAAACGCAGCACUCGAAUGCUUAGGACUACACUUAAAAAACCUUCAAGAUUUUCGCAUGGUUUUACUAGACCGUGAAGAGGUAAUUACCGAUUUACCCCUUGACAACGGCGUCCGAACUCUACUAAAGUGCUGCAAUCUUAGAAGAUUUGCUCUUUACCUGAGACCAGGAGGGUUGACUGAUGUGGGUUUGACUUAUAUAGGUCAAUACAGUCAAAACAUACGGUGGAUGUUGUUAGGGUAUGUUGGUGAAUCCGACAUGGGUCUUUUAGGGUUUUCGAAAGGGUGCCCUAGUUUACAAAAGCUUGAAGUACGAGGUUGUUGUUUUAGUGAACAUGCACUUGCUAGUGCUGUUUUGCAGUUGAGGUCACUUAGGUACCUUUGGGUUCAAGGGUAUAGAGGGUCUUCAACAGGGUUUGACUUUUUGACCAUGGCUAGACCAUUUUGGAAAAUUGAAAUAAUUCCUUCAAGAAAGGUUAGUGUUGGUGAAGAUAAAGAGGUAGAACAUCCUGCUCAUGUUCUUGCUUAUUAUUCACUUACCGAAUCAAGAACAGAUUUUCCAGAGUCUGUUAUACCGCUUAGAUACCAACUCAAGGGUAUUUGAGUAGUGAGCCGUCAAGUUGUUUUGGUUCUAGCCGCUCAACACUUCGACGUGUUUCACAUGUACUAUAUGUAUGGUGUGAGAUAUAGUUAAAUGCGCGUGAUGGAGAUGAGUUUAUAGGGUCGGUUCUUGUUUAGUUGUUAUGAGAAGUGUUUGUAAAGGACUCGUGAAAUGAAGAGAGAGAAUAUAUUAUAGCGGGUCGUAGUGUAAGCAUUUUCUGCUGUUAAUUAAAACGUUGUUACUGUAAAUAAUGUAUAUAUAUGUAAUAAUAAAAGUGUGUAUUUAUCUUUGAAAAAAUGGUGAA